AUGUCUGGAGCUAUAACUUGCUCUGCGAGUGAUCUCUCCGCCCUUCUCGGCCCCAACGCCACGGCGGCAGCCGACUACAUCUGCAGCCAAGUAGGUACCGUGAACAACAAGUUCACCGAUGUAGCCUACGCUAUAGACAACACCUACCUCCUCUUCUCCGCCUAUCUCGUCUUCGCGAUGCAGCUCGGCUUUGCUAUGCUCUGUGCUGGCUCGGUUAGAGCAAAGAAUACGAUGAACAUCAUGCUUACCAAUGUCCUUGAUGCUGCAGCCGGGGGACUCUUCUACUAUCUCUUUGGUUACGCUUUUGCUUUUGGCGAAUCCUCCAAUGGGUUCAUUGGAAGACACAACUUUGGUCUUAGAGACUUUCCGACUCCUACCUCAGAUUACUCCUUCUUCCUCUAUCAAUGGGCAUUCGCAAUUGCAGCCGCUGGAAUCACCAGCGGUUCGAUUGCGGAGAGGACUAAGUUUGUGGCGUACUUGAUAUACUCAUCAUUCCUAACCGGGUUUGUUUAUCCAGUUGUCUCUCACUGGUUCUGGUCCCCGGACGGAUGGGCUAGUCCCUUCCGUUCAGUAGACCGUUUGUUUGGCACCGGAGCCAUUGAUUUUGCUGGCUCUGGUGUUGUUCAUAUGGUUGGUGGUAUUGCCGGAUUAUGGGGUGCUCUUAUAGAAGGUCCUCGAAUUGGUCGGUUCGAGGAAGGAGGCGGUGCAAUUGCUCUGCGUGGCCACUCUGCUUCGCUUGUCGUCCUCGGGACCUUCCUCCUCUGGUUCGGUUGGUAUGGUUUCAAUCCUGGCUCCUUCACCAAGAUCCUCAUUCCGUACAACUCUGGUUCCAACUACGGCCAAUGGAGCGGAAUCGGCCGGACAGCAGUUACAACAACGCUCUCGGGAUGCACCGCGGCUCUAACUACACUUUUCGGAAAACGCCUCCUAUCAGGCCAUUGGAACGUAACUGAUGUUUGCAACGGGUUACUUGGUGGGUUUGCAGCCAUAACCGCAGGCUGCUCUGUGGUAGACCCAUGGGCAGCAAUCGUAUGCGGCUUUGUGGCUUCCCUCGUCCUUAUCGGAUGCAACAAACUCGCAGAACUUCUUAAAUACGAUGAUCCACUCGAAGCCGCACAACUGCACGGAGGGUGCGGCGCAUGGGGACUGAUAUUCGUAGGACUGUUUGCAAAGGAGAAGUACGUAAACGAGGUUUACGGCGCCAGCCCGGGAAGGCACUAUGGGCUAUUCAUGGGUGGAGGCGGGAAGCUAUUGGGAGCACAAUUGGUUCAAAUAGUGGUGAUUAUAGGAUGGGUUAGUGCCACAAUGGGAACACUCUUCUUCAUCCUCAAGAAGCUUAAACUGCUAAGGAUCUCGAAGCAAGAUGAGAUGAAGGGAAUGGAUAUAGCACGUCAUGGAGGUUUUGCUUAUAAUGACGACGAGUCCAUUCAGUUUUCGAGAGUGAAGCCUGGAUCUCCUCUACCUCGUUCUCCUAAUUCUCCAGCCGUUUGA